AUGGCGGCGGCGCGCGGGUGGCGGCGGCGCGCGCUGCGGCUGCUGACGGCCGGCGGCGGGGUCCUGCUGACGCGCUUCCCGUUCUGGCACUGCCUCAGCGGGCUGCUGCUCUGCGCCGAGCGCGCCGCCGCCCGCCGGAAGCCAGACAUCCCCGUGCCCUACCUGUACGUGGACAUGGGGGUGGCCGUGCUCUGCGCCAGCUUCAUGUCCUUCGGCGUCAAGCGCCGCUGGUUCGCGCUGGGGGCCGCGCUGCAGCUGGCCGUGGCCACCUACGCCGCCCACGUCAGCGGCCACGUCCACUACGGCGACUGGCUGAAGGUGCGGAUGUACUCCCGGACUAUUGCCAUCAUCGGCGGCUUCCUCAUCCUGGCCAGCGGCGCCGGCGAGCUGUACCGGCAGAAGCCGCGCAGCCGCUCCCUGCAGUCCACGGGACAGGUCUUCCUCGGUAUCUACCUCAUCUGCCAGGCCUACUCCCUGCAGCACAGCAAGGAGGACCGCCUGGCCUACCUGAACCACCUCCUGGGUGGGGAGCUCGCCCUCCAGCUCCUCUUCAUCCUCUACGGCCUCCUGGCCCUCGCCUUCCUGUCGGGCUACUACGUGCGCGCGGCGGCGCAGGUGCUGGCGGUGCUGCUGCCCCUCGCCAUCCUCCUCAUCGACGGCAACAUCGGCUACUGGCACGACUCGCGCCGCGUCGAGUUCUGGAACCAGAUGAAGCUCAUCGGGCAAAACGUCGGCAUCUUCGGAGCCGUCGUCAUCCUGGCCACAGACGGCUGAGCUGGGACUGGAGGGCGCAGGGCGGUGGGGAUGGGGGGAGGCUUUUUUAAACAAUCACUGCUAUUUAUUCUCUUUUUUUUUUUAAUUACUGUUGGUAAAUAUUUGAUAAUUUUGCCAGAGGAGUGGGCAGCCGCUGCCCCGGGGAUGUAGGGGAGCCAAGGGGGGCUCCUGCUCGUGGGGAGCUGGCCACUGUGUGGCUGGGCCCCCUCCCCACCAAGCUGUGUGACCCCCCCCAACCUCCCAGCUGUAUUUUUACUGAUGAAACAAGAAACCUUUCACGUCG